AUGAAUAUUUGUCGAUCCCUAUCAUCUCGCCCUUUUACUGCCAUCAAACGCAAUAUUCAGGAUAACCUGGCAGGUCAGAACUCGGUACCAGUAGCCGUGGUUCCGGGCAUUAAGUAUCACUACCCAGGCAACUCGCUUAAUCAAUCUGGAGUUGCCAUCUCAGCAGUGCACAGCAAUAGCGGCUUUAAUGUGGAAAGCAUAAAUCAGGUUGAUGGCGGCUUCAUCAAUCCGAUCCUGGUUCGGCACGAUUCCGGAUUGAGCGGUGAAGAAGAUACAAUUACGGCGUCUGCAUACAACGUGUAUCAAAACGAUUUAGUCUCCACAAAUCAGUCAAAUGCCGGGCCCUAUCAGCCACGCUAUCUACCGGCGCAGAGAGGGCCUCAAGCACAGACCGUGUCUGGUGGCACCAAGUGGGAGGCUCGCCAGACAACCGCUGCCACGACGACUGGGCAGCUUCAGGCGAACUCCACCGGCCGAAUGGGUCCCGAGAUUGUGCUGCCGCAAGGCGAUCUAUCCGGCGGCUUCAUGAGAUCCAGCCCCGCCGGUCCAGAUGAACACAUCAUCGUCAAUCUCUCUGAGCUUCCACCCGGUCUCCUUGGCGUCGGGGAGUCGGCUGAGGGCGGUCUAAGAGUCGGCCGAACUGGUCGUGGUCAUGGCGCCAUGUCGGGCAUCAGCUCGGUCAGUGGGCGCACAGCGAUUCAGGGGGCCACAUUGUCCUUUCACGAUAUUGUCUACGAAGUGAAGGUGAAAAAGAUGCCUUGGAGCAAGCCGGUGCACAAGACUGUGUUGAAUGGUGUCAGGUGA